CUAACUACAAUAUAUUUUGUGCUCAAUUUUCAAGUUGUUCAGCUGUUUUCCGUGCUGUCUUUAGUCAAUGCUGGGCCUUUUUCGAUUUUUUUUAACUUUUGAAACGGGUAUUGAAGGAAGCAAACGUUAAAUUAUUAAAAUGACGUUAAACCUAUUGAGAUGUUCAUUUAUAAAUUAUGGAUUAUUAGAAUUAAAGAAAUCAUCGCCGUUUUUAACACUAAGACUGUCAUUAUAUACAUCUAAAGCCAGUAAAAAGGAGUCAAAUGGUGAAUUUCGAAUUGAAAGGGACACUUUUGGUGAGCUGAAGGUCCCUGCUGACAAAUAUUAUGGAGCACAAACAAUGCGAUCAAUGAUAAAUUUUCCAAUAGGUGAUAGUUUUGAACGAAUGCCUUAUGGCGUUAUUGUUGCAAUGGGUAUAUUAAAGAAAGCUGCAGCUCUGGUAAAUAAAGAGUAUGGAAUGGAUGUAAAAAUAGCAGAUGCUAUUAGCAGAGCUGCAGAUGAUGUUAUAUGUGGAGACCUUUAUAAUGAUCAUUUUCCAUUGGUAAUUUGGCAAACAGGUUCUGGUACACAAAGCAAUAUGAACACUAAUGAGGUGAUCUCAAAUCGUGCAAUUGAAUUACUUGGUGGUAAACUUGGGUCAAAAAAUCCUGUUCAUCCAAAUGAUCAUGUAAAUAAAUCUCAAAGUAGUAAUGAUACAUUUCCUACUGCUAUGCAUAUAGCAGUUGCUUUAGAAAUUAACAGAGUAUUACUUCCUGGUUUGGAAAAAUUGCAUUCUGCAUUAGAUGAAAAGGCUAAAGCAUGGAAAGAUAUAAUAAAAAUUGGUAGAACUCAUACUCAAGAUGCUGUCCCCUUAACAUUAGGACAAGAAUUUUCAGGUUAUGCAACACAAGUAUGCAACGGUAUUAAAAGAGUGAAAAAUACUCUUCCAAGAUUAUACGAGAUAGCACUUGGUGGUACUGCGGUAGGAACAGGAUUAAAUACACCAAAAGGUUUUGCAGAGAAAGCAGCAGCAAAGAUUGCAGAACUUACUGGCUUACCUUUUGUAACUGCUCCUAAUAAAUUUGAAGCUUUAGCAACUAAAGAUACUAUGGUAGAAGUGCAUGGUGCAUUUAAUACAGUAGCAGUUUCACUUAUGAAGAUAGCUAAUGAUAUUCGAUUUUUGGGAAGUGGACCUCGUUGUGGUUUAGGAGAACUAUCUCUUCCUGAAAAUGAGCCGGGAAGUUCCAUCAUGCCUGGUAAAGUUAAUCCAACACAAUGCGAAUCAUUGACUAUGGUUUGUUGUCAAGUUAUGGGUAAUCAUGUUGCUGUAACUGUCGGUGCAAGUAAUGGCCAUUUUGAGCUUAAUGUAUUUAAACCUCUGAUAGUUGCAAAUACAUUAAGAUCUGCAAGAUUAUUAGGUGAUGCUUGUGCAUCAUUUACGAAGAACUGCGUCGUCGGUAUUAAACCGAAUAAAGAUCGUAUUAGUAAACUUUUGAAUGAAAGUUUAAUGCUUGUUACUGCCUUAAAUCCACAUAUUGGUUAUGACAAGGCUGCUAAAAUUGCAAAGCAAGCUCAUGCAGAAAAUCUCACAUUAAAAGAAUCAGCACUGAAAAAUGGUAUAACUGCAGAACAAUUUGAUGAAUGGGUGAGACCAGAAAAUAUGAUUGGCCCCAAAUAAGUUCAAUUAAAUUGAAAGAAGUUAAAAUCAUACAUUUUGUACUAAUAGCUAUUGUUUGUUUACUAUAAGUAUUAUUUUAAAAAAAUAAAAACAUUUUUAUUACAUAU